AUGGGCGAGCUGCAUCUUGCAGUGUAUACGUAUAUUGUACGCGCUUUGCCACCAAGAUCCCUGCAGGUUUUCGGUCCGAAAGAAACCCGGCCGCACGCAGGAGACUGGUCUCAAUGGCAUGUGGAGGCUCUCGAGCUGAAUCCCUCCCAGUCCUGCUAUGACUAUUCUGGUUAUGGGCAAUCCACUGGGAAGCCUAGUGAACAGAAUACAUAUGCUGACAUAGAAGCUGUGUACAGAUGUCUCAUAGAAACCUAUGGAGCUUCUGAGGAUAAUAUCAUUCUUUAUGGCCAAUCAGUGGGCAGCGGCCCCACUUUGGAUUUAGCAUCCCGAUUAGCUCGUUUGAGAGCGGUUGUUCUACAUAGCCCAAUUUUGUCUGGCUUAAGGGUGAUGUAUCCUGUAAAACAUACAUACUGGUUUGACAUAUACAAGAACAUCGACAAAAUUCCAUUAGUCAGGUGUCCCGUGCUAGUGAUACACGGCACAGCCGACGAGGUCGUCGACUGCUCCCACGGGCGGUCGCUGUGGGAGCUGGCGGACGUGAAGUACGAGCCGCUGUGGAUCAAGGGCGGGAACCACUGCAACCUAGAGCUGUACCCGGAGUACAUCAAGCACCUGAAGAAGUUCGUCGGGGCCAUCGAGAGGUCGCCGCCGCCGCCGCCGCCUCCACCUCCAGCCAACGGGUCCACGGAGACCUCCGGCGCCCCUCCUGUGGAACAACCCAAGUGCGCGGCGGACGAGGCCGACUCGAGGAAGGCUAGCACGGACUGCCGGGACAAGGACAGAGCAAGGCCGAGCGUGGGCGUGGGCGUGGACGAGAGACGCAGCGUGGACCGGCGGGAGAAGCCGCCGCGGGGCAGCAGCGCGGACCGGCGGGAGCGGGACAGGGCGAGGAGGAGCGUCGACCACCACCACCCCGACAAGCCGCGGGCCAGCGUCGACCAGGCGAGGAAGAGCAUCGACCGGUUCGGAGGCAUGAUGAAGUCGGUGAGGCUGUGCAACAUCGACUGCUUCAAGGUGACGGCGACCUCCGGGAGCUGAACAAGUGGAGGAACGGAUGUGGGUGGGUGGUGGUAAGUGACAGGAAACGGUAGCGCUGCCGCCCGUCUGUAUGUAUUCUUCUUAUUCCCUUGGUGUAAUAACAUACUCUUAUUCAAUUUUAUUGGGGUGAUUGGUGUGGCUGUAGCAGGAGGCUGUGUUUUUGGUUUCUCUCUCUCUCUCUUUCUUUUCUUUUCCUCUUCCUUCCUCAUACGAUACAACGGGGGCCUCGGGGGCUGGCUCUGCUCCGUUUUCGU